AUGGGCAGUCAAUCCGUAUCCGUCAAUCGUCGUGGACUGGCCAACAUCGCCAUGUUUUCCAUCUCCGGACUUGCGGCUGCCACCGCCGCGCUGCUUGCAGCCGGCGCCAAUGCGCAUGGCGUCGCCACCGCCUUGAUUCACUGGCCAGAUGGCACCUUCUACCCUGGAUACGACCCCGGCUACCAGUUCGUGCACCCGCCGCCCGUUGUCAUCGGUUGGAGCAUCCCCGACGACCUCAACAACUCGUAUAUCUCGCCCAGCGCCUACGCCACGCCCGACAUUGUCUGCCACUUGGGCGCCACGCCCGCCGGCCUCGCCGCGCCCGUCAACGCCGGCGACGUGCUGGAGAUUGUGUGGAACCAGUGGCCCGAGUCCCACCACGGCCCCGUCCUCGACUACCUGGCCAACUGCAACGGGCCCUGCGAGACCACCGAUAAGACCAAGCUCAAAUUCUUCAAGAUUGGCGAGGCCGGCCUGCUCGAUCCCGCCAAAAACUACUGGGCCGACGACGUCCUGCGCGCCAACAACCUGACCUGGUCCGUCCGCCUGCCCGCGGACAUUGCGCCGGGCAACUACGUCCUGCGCCACGAGAUCAUUGCGCUGCACUCCGCCGGCGUCCCCAACGGCGCGCAAAACUACCCCUUCUGCUUCAACCUGGUCGUCCACGGCAACGGCACCGCCACCCCCGCCGGCAUCCCCGCCACCUCCCUGUACACGGCCAACGGCCCGGGCAUCAUGUUUAACCUCUACAACGGGUCCACCGACUACGUCAUCCCGGGCCCGCCGCUCUACUCGUCCGCCAUGACGGCCGCUCAGACGAAACUAGGCUUCGUCAAGGCCACCGCGUCCGGCGUCUCCAGCUACGAGCCGUCUGCCGCGGGUGCCGCAGCGCGUGCGGUUCCGACACCGUCCGUCGCUCCGGCCGCCACGGGCGCAGCAGCGACCGCUGCACCUGUCGCCGCAGCCGACCAGCCUGCCGAACCGGUGCCGACGACUCUUCUGACUGCCGUCCUCAAAGUGAGGGGGAAGGAGUAA